AUGGCCGCGGCGAUCAUCGGCGGCGGCGGCGGCUGGAGGCGCCUCCGCGGCAUCGGCAAGGGCGCGUCUGGCGCCUUGAUAUCGCUCGCGGUGGACGACGCCUCCGGGGAGCUGUUCGUGGUUAAGUCGGCUGCUGGGGAGGACGCCGCCGCGAGGCAGCAGCUCCGGCGCGAGUGGAGCGUCAUGGCCGGGCUGUCGUCGCAGCACGUGCUCAAGUGCCUCGGGUUCACGUCCGGCGGCGAGCACCGGCUGUUCCUCGAGUUCGCGCCCGGCGGGUCGCUCUCCGACGUGGUUGCGAGGAAUGGGGGUUGCCUCGACGAGGGCGCCGUCAGGGCGUACUUGGCGGACGUGCUGAGGGGGCUCGAUUACCUCCAUGGGAAGCUCGUCGUGCAUGGCGACGUGAAGGGGAGUAACGUGGUUGUCGGCGCCAAUGGCCGGGCCAAGCUCGCCGACUUCGGGUGUGCGAGCGUGGUAAUCCCCGGCGGUUCCAAGCAGCCGGUGAUCGGUGGCACGCCGGCGUUCAUGGCGCCCGAGGUGGCCCGCGGCGAGGAGCAAGGGCCGGCCGCCGACGUGUGGGCUCUGGGCUGCACCGUCGUCGAGAUGUUCACCGGCCGCGCCCCGUGGAGCGACAUGGACAACGUCCUCGCCGCGCUCCGAAAGAUCGGGUACACGGACGCCGUGCCAGAGGUACCACAGUGGCUGUCGCCGGUGGCGAAGGACUUCUUGCACCGGUGCCUGCAACGGCGCGCCGGCGAUCGCCCCACGGCGGCGCAGUUGCUGCAACACCCCUUCGUCUCAUCAUCGUGUGGACCACCCAACAAAGAAGUCGUCAAGGGGACAUGGGUGUCUCCGACGAGCGCGCUCGACGCAGCACUGUGGGAGUCCGUGUCGUCGUCAUCCACCGACGACGACGAGGAAGACGACACGUCGAGCAGCCCCACCAGCCGGAUCGGAGCACUGGCCUGCUCCGGCCAGACAUUGCCGGACUGGGACACCGAACACAACGGCUGGAUCGAAGUCCGCAGCACAGCAGCAGCAGAUAUCGAAUCUCCAGAGUGUCCAGCCAAGAGGGUGAUCGGAUCACUGGCGUGCUCGCCGUCGGCGGUGCCGAACUGGGACUCCGACGACGAUGGCUGGAUCGAAGUCCUCAGCAACAUCUCCAUUAACGUAGCAAAUAAAACAACAGCAGCAGCAACAGAUAACGAAUCUUCAGAGUGUCCGGCCAAGAGGGUGUCAUCAAUGGCAUGCUCACCGUCGUCGGUGCCGGACUGGGACUCCGAUCAAGGAUGGAUCGAUGUCCUCAGCGCAAAAGCUGUGGGUAGCAUUAUUAACAUUGUAGGAGUAGGUAGUGAGCAAUCUGUAGUUGCUGAGAACCAGGAUGAUAAGUUCACCUCCUUGAGUUCUUGCAGCCAGAGAGUUUUGCUUGUAGCUGUUCGUGCUACUGAUAGUGCGGCCUCUCGAGUGGCCGGAAUAAAAAAAUGUUCCAGAUUUUCGUACUAG